AUGUGCCGCGUCGUACUGCCUCGACCAGACCCAGUACGUCAACCAUCAAUUGGGAGCGGGGCUCCCAAGAAUCCCAGGACGGGGGAUAGCCGCGCCACCGGACGAGGUAACUCGUCCGACGUCCGUUCACGUCGCGGUGGUUCAACAGCUGCUCAACUAGAUAGCGCUGGCCACCGCGAGAGUCCUCUAAUGGAGGUGGAGGAGGAGGAAAGACGCUCUCCACACGAUCAUGUGGAUCGGUGUGUUCCCGAGAGCUUUUUGAUCGCGUAA